UGAACAUCAAUGUCUUCUUCGUUCUCGCGUAUAGACUCGACAUCGACUACACCCCCUCAUCGUCACGGAGAAGAACAGGCGAGCUCACAAGAGCCGUGCUGCAUAGAAAACAUGUCGGACAACAGCAACGAAAACGCCGCCGCCGCCGGCCCGAGCAGCGGUGUGGCGGCAAAUGGCUCAUCGUCCACGGCGUUAGAAGCGCCUGUCAUCACGGGCGAUGCGCGCAAAGACGCUGCACUCGUCGCAUACAAGAAGGCACUAAAGCAGCACGAGGACCUAUCAGAAGGGUUGAAGAAGCUGCGCUUUGGGCUCAAGGAUCUGGAGACGGACUUUGACAAAACCGAAGAUGACAUCAAAGCACUCCAGUCGGUAGGGCAGAUUAUCGGAGAGCUGCUGAAACAGUUAGACGAAGAGCGAUACAUCGUCAAAGCAUCCUCAGGCCCUCGCUACAUCGUCGGAUGCCGCUCCUCCGUACCCAAGCACAAGCUCAAGCAAGGCGCACGCGUUUCCCUCGACAUGACCACGCUGACCAUCAUGCGCAUCCUUCCACGAGAAGUGGAUCCGCUCGUAUACAACAUGAGCAUGGAAGACCCUGGCGGCGUCACAUUUGCUGGUAUUGGAGGUCUUGGUGAACAAAUUCGGGAGUUAAGAGAAGUCAUCGAAUUACCGCUCAAGAACCCAGAGCUAUUCAUGCGUGUGGGCAUCAAGCCACCAAAAGGUGUUCUACUCUACGGCCCACCAGGCACAGGCAAGACUCUGCUCGCGCGCGCCGUCGCCGCCACGCUCGAGACCAACUUCCUCAAGGUUGUCUCGAGCGCUAUCGUCGACAAAUACAUUGGCGAAAGCGCGCGCUUAGUCAGGGAGAUGUUCGGCUAUGCAAAGGAGCACGAGCCAUGUAUCAUUUUUAUGGACGAAAUCGACGCGAUUGGAGGGCGAAGGUUCUCAGAGGGAACGUCAGCUGAUCGGGAGAUUCAACGGACACUGAUGGAGCUUCUGAAUCAGAUGGACGGUUUCGACUACCUCGGCAAGACCAAGAUCAUCAUGGCCACCAACCGACCCGACACACUCGACCCCGCGCUGAUGCGACCCGGGCGUAUCGACCGGAAGAUCGAGAUCCCCUUGCCAAACGAGCAGUCCCGGUUGGAGAUUCUCAAGAUCCACUGCAAGCCGCUGGCCAAAAAGGAUGAGUUGGACUACGAAGCGAUUGUCAAGCUGUCAGAUGGGUUCAACGGCGCAGAUCUUCGAAACGUCUGCACAGAAGCCGGCAUGUUUGCGCUGCGCGACGAUAGAGACUAUGUCACGCAGGAUGACUUCAUGAAGGCGGCGCGCAAGCUGCAAGAAGCCAAGAAGCACGAGACAAAGAUCGACUACUCUGCUGUGUAGCGAGCUUAGAUUCGUGUGUGCCUGUAUCUUGGCCGCGCAUACAUGCAAAUCUUCAUCCCAGAUUUUGAUCAUCCGUUCCAGGAAUUUACGCAUAGUAGAACGACACAGUGUAUUCACUGACAACACUUCAGAUGAAAGCAGACACACGUGCUCAUGAAUGGCAAAUUCAAUUAUUGCGACAG